AAAUCAUAGCGGGAAAAGGUAAAGACGGAAACUGUCACAUUUGGAUGCGCACUGUACACAAGAUACUGAAUCGCACAAUGUUUUUUGCAAGUUCUCUAAUCUCUAGUUGCUCGUUGCAGUUGUAGAUGUAGUUUUCAGUUUGGCGUUCUUUGGAUUGCGCUUGUAGUUUCUAGUUUUACGAAAAAAUAAUUAAACUUUUAUUUGUGUAUGUUUUGAAAUUUUUAUAACAAUCCAUUAUAAAACCAGACAUGACUGGCAUUCAACGUUUUGAAAAUCUUUCUCUGGAAGAAAUAAAGGAUCAAGAAGAGGAUCAGAAACAAAUCGCCAAGGACUUGCAUUAUGAAGCAGAGAGAUUGGAUAUUGAAGUUAAUAGUCAUGCAAAAGAUUUACAUAUGAUGAGAGAAUACAACGCUCAAAAGGCUGAGUUUAGCUCUUCAAUUGUGAUUGAACAGCUGGAAUCAGUCGCUAAUGAAAAAGCAAAAAUUGUUGCAAUGAAAAACGAAGUGUCUGAAAUGUUUCCUCUUCAACUGGAGGAAUAUAGAGUUGACAGAAUUAAAGAAAUGUCAAACUUUACCGAAGAUGUGGAAGAACUGUGCAACUUAUUUUUGAACGCGCCAAACAACUAUGAAUCCGUGGCUUUAUCGAAAAAGUUACAAGAUGUGGUGCAAAUGCAAAAAUCGAUCAAGAUGGAACUGACAGGCAUAGCAUCGGACCUAGCUGCAAUGAAAGAGAAGUUCUCAUUGGAUUUGCCCAUCCAAACAGGCAAAAUAAUCGAACUAAGGAACUCUCUAGCCGAAGUGGAGAAGACGAAAGAGAAACAUUCUUCAAUAAGUGAGAAAUUGAAGCAGGAGGACGAAUCGAUCAACAGAAUUUUGGAAGGUUUGAAACAAGAAAUCAUGCAAUUGAAGAAUCAUCAAAAUAAAAUGUAGAAGAUUCUCUCAUUUGCACUAACUAGUGCCUAUUUGUUUUAAUAACCAAAGACUUGCCUAGUCUUAAUUAAAAUUUAAAUAGAGGCUAACUCUAUAGCUUUUCGACAUUUUUUUAUAGAAUUAGAUCUAAGAUUUGAAAACCUUCUCUCUGAAAUUGGAAAAGGUUGAAAUUUUUAUUUACGUGACUAAUUUUGAUUAACAUAACAAAAUCAUGAAACAAGUUGUUGGAAAGAUGCGUCAAUGAAUUUUUCUCCAUAGAAUUUUGUAUGUCAAAUGGUAGAUAUGUAGUUUUUCUCCUAUAAAAAACAUGAAAUUCAGCAUAAGAAUUUAUCCAGAAUUACAUAAUAGGAAUGUAUUACAACUCCCUAUGUUUUUCCUUCUUACAACAUCUUAUUUCCUUUACCUUAUUCAUGCAAUUUUUAAUAUUAGUAAACAUUUAUGGGAAUCAUAAAAAAUGUAGAACAUUAUUGAAUUGUCUUAGAAAAUUAUUAGAAACAUUCAAAAGCAUUUUGAUAUUUGUCAUUUAUUCUCAGAAAAUACUAUGUGGUACUACUUAGUCUCAAAUUGAAGCGAAUAUAAUAAUUUGUAACUACAUUUGUAUCCAGUAGAAUAAUACAUGCUUAAUCAUGUAAUCCGAUUUGAAAAGUUAUACUUGAAUCUUGAUAAAAAACUAUAUUUUUUCAUGCGCUAAAUUUGUAUAAUACAUGUUAAAUCUAAUAAAAUAGUAUAACUUCA